AUGGCUCCUCGAGCUGGCUUCAAUACGGACCAGAUAAAGGACAAAGCGCGCAAGGACCUCCUCUACCUGCUCGAGGCUGUCCGGGGGAAGAAGAACCUCAUUCUUGAGCGCAGCUUAGCGGGCCCGAUCAGUACCAUCGUCAAGGUCGCUACUCUCCAGGAAUACGGCGUAGACAAGUUCUUCUUCCUCGAGAACAAGAACGCCGACACCAGCCAGCGAAAUGUCAUCUUCAUAGCCCGCGGCGAGUGCGCUCGCCAUGCGUCAGCCAUAGCAGAGCAGAUCCGUCGCUUACAGCGAGAGAGCCAAACAGGCCAUGAAUUCCACAUCUUCUGGGUGCCUCGACGAACACUCGUCUCCGACAAGUUGCUCGAGGAGGCCGGCGUAUUGGGCGACGUGAACAUCUCUGAACUGCCUUUAUACUUCUUCCCGCUUGAGAAGGAUCUUCUCUCCCUCGAGUUGGAUGAGUCUUUCCGCGACCUGUAUCUCUCGAAAGAUGUCACUCCGUCAUUCCUGCUCGCCAAGGCAUUGAUGGAGAUCCAACAGAAUCACGGCUUGUUUCCCCGAAUCAUCGGCAAAGGCGACAACGCAAAACGAGUUGCGGAGCUCCUAGCACGAAUGCGACAAGAGAUACUUGCGGGCGAGGAUGCGAACGAGACGAAUCGAGGUGGCUUGGCACCAAGCACACUCACCGAAAGCGUUAUAAUAAUCGACCGCGAAGUGGAUUUUGUCACUCCUCUGUUAACUCAACUGACCUACGAGGGACUCAUCGACGAAGUAUUCGGCAUCCAGAACAACCAAGCUGAAGUUGAUACGACAGUUGUCGGUGCCCCUUCUCAAUCCUCAGCGACAAGCGCGCAAGCCAGGAAACGCAAAAUCCAGCUGGAUUCCUCUGAUAAAUUAUACGAACAACUUCGCGACACAAAUUUCGCCAUUGUCGGUAGCUUGCUGAACAAAGUCGCUCGGCGACUUCAGAAUUUGCAAAAGGACUACGAAGGACGAAACAGCCACAAAUCCAUCGCUGAGCUCAAGGACUUUGUCAGUAAGCUGCCCGGAUAUCAAGCGGAGCAGCAAAGCCUGCGCAUACAUACAGGUCUAGCAGAGGAGGUCAUGAAGUACACACGGACAGACCAGUUCAAAGGUCUCUUGGAAGCUCAGCAGAAUCUAGCUGCUGGCGCGGACCCUUCCUCACAAUUCGAAGCCAUCGAGGAAUUAAUCGCCCGCGACACACCGUUACCAGAAGUGCUGAGGCUGCUUUGCAUUUACUCAUGCAUAUCAGGCGGCAUCAAACCGAAGGAAUUCGACCAGUUCCGACGACUUAUCCUCGAGGGCUACGGCUAUCAGCACAUCCUCACGCUUAAUAACCUCGAGAAGCUUCAAUUAUUCUUGUCGCGCUCUUCUCCAUUGGCAGAAAUGAUCCCGAUGACUGGCUCUGGUGGCAACACAACAGGGACAAAGACGAACUACACGUAUCUCCGCAAACUUCUGCGUCUCAUCGUCGAUGAAGUUCAGGAAGACGAUCCAAACGACAUCGCCUAUGUAUACAGCGGGUAUGCGCCACUGUCAAUCCGUCUUGUACAAUGUGUGCUGCAAAAGCAGUAUCUGCUCAAAGUCACCAGAGGCAAUGGCGCAAGUGGUGCGACAGGAGCGUCCGCGGCUCAGGGCUGGCACGGCUUCGACGAGGCCGUAAAGCACGUCCGCGGGCAGACAUUCUACGAGCUGCAAAAGGGUGAGGAGAAGGCCGUCAAAGCUCGAGCGUUGCUUUCGGGAGGCACAGAGAAGCAAACGGUAUUUGUGGUGUUCGUCGGAGGUAUAACAUUCACCGAAAUCGCUGCUUUGCGGUUCAUUGCAAAGCAGGAAGAAGCUCGGAGAAACAUCGUCAUCUGCACAACAUCGAUCAUUAGCGGAGACCGAAUGAUGGAUGCGGCAAUUGAGAAGGAUUCGUUUGCAAGAGAUAACGUCAAGCCGUGCCUUUUCGGUAUACCGCGACUUGACCUGCAUCGGGACGGCUCAAUCAAGCACCGAACACGGGACAGUGCCCUGCAGCUGGGGCAAGUGGCGUCUCCGCAGUCAAAAGAAUCGACGACACCAACGCCGUCAAGUCGAAUCUCAUCAGAAGCAAUUUCAGAAAUUGCCCCGGAAAUCGUCGUGUGGACAGAAGACAUGGACAUGGACCUGGAUGACUCAAGCCUGGAUGAGGCGGAACAUCCUUCCGGCACAUUAUCGGACCCUGAUUCACCAAUGCCCGAGGACGCGGCUGCUCCGUUAGAGACCCUCCGCAUCCAGUCACACGAUACCCCUCACGAAUCUUUCGAGUCGCCGAUGACCAAUUUGUCUGAUCACGACCAGUCUGAGCUUUCAUCGGUCCCGCCGUCGGUGUCUAGUAAGGCAACGACCCCUGUUGAACUGGACGGGCAUACGGAAGAGUCUAUACCGUCAGCAGAGACCCCUCCGGUACGCGAGGCAUUGCGACAGACCUUCAACGUGAAGCCGAAGUCGUCCAUACCCUCGAAUUUAUCAAGCUAUGAAUAUGCAAGGCAAUGCAUAGAAGCAGCCGAGUCAUCGAGACUAAACCCGUAUGCCCUGCACCAGGAAGAAUAUCAGAUGCUGCGACAACACAUCAGCCAUGUUCAAGUCACCACGUAUCUGAAUAUCAGGAACGGCAUCCUCCGGCUCUGGUACAAUAACCCACGUGUUGCAGUGACAAGGAACGAAGCGGUUGGUUGCGCUGGUGCCAGAUGGGUUGACGUCGCAAGUAUAUGUUACGAUUGGCUGUUACGACGCGGGUAUAUCAACUUUGGCUGUGUAGAGUUUCCAGCGACGAACGAUCGACAAGAAGAAGAAGAAGACGUAGAGGCAGAAGUCCCGCUUAACAAGAAAAGGAUUGUGAUCAUCGGUGCUGGUAUGUCCGGCUUGGGCUGCGCCAGACAUUUGGACGGCUUAAUACGGCAGUAUGAGGAUCGUUUCCGGGCGCUCGGAGAGCCAGUGCCUGAAAUAGUCGUACUGGAAGGGCGUGGGCGAGUGGGUGGAAGGGUCUACUCGAGGGAGUUCAAAACAAAACCGACAAUACCACUGUCCGAUUUUGACGGGGAACGGUUCACCGCCGAAAUGGGCGGCAUGAUCAUCACUGGCUUCGAACGCGGCAACCCGAUGAACGUUCUCGUGCGUGCGCAAUUGUGCCUCCCAUACCGUGCCCUGAGAUCGGAAACGACAAUUUACGAUUCCAGUGGCAAGCCGGUGGAUUUUGCAAGGGACCAGCUCGUAGAGAGGCUCUACAAUGACUGCUUAGAUCGCGUCAGCGAAUACAAGUUCAAGUCACAGCCCGCCAAGCUUAUCGAGGGCAAUCGAGACUUGAUUGACGAGGCGCGAGACGCCGUGAGUGACGGCCACAGGACAAUUCACCAAGCUGAGGAAGCGGUGGCGGCUCUCCCACAUGCACCGCCCGUUUCGCAACAAAAUGUCCCCGAACGAGUAAACCUGGUGCCGGUCUCGUCAGAUAAGCUCACUGGCCGCGUCCACACUCAGCCUGGCACACCAGGUGUACUCAAGGCAACCGAGAAAGCCCAGGCAAUGGGGUGGACGUUGAAGACCGGUUUGGCAAACGACGCCAAUAUCGAUCUGAACGAGGCUGUUACUCUGCCAGCGGCCACGCUCGGUUCGGUCAUGGACGAAGCCGUCCUUCAAUACCGCAACAUUGUCGACCUGACUGCCCAAGAUCACCGUCUCAUCAACUGGCACGUUGCGAAUCUGGAAUACAGUAACGCUACAAAUCUUCAUAAUCUCAGUCUUGGAGGCUGGGACAUUGACGCUGGCAAUGAGUGGGAAGGCAAGCACACCAUGAUCGUCGGUGGCUACCAAAGCGUUCCCAGGGGCCUCAUGCACUGUCCCACUCCUCUCGACGUACGCCCGAAAUCCGCGGUCAAGAAGAUCACGUACCAAACACAGAAUAACGGGCGUGCUUCGAUUGAGUGUGAGGACGGGACGUCCAUCGACGCAGACUACGUCGUUUCGACGAUACCUCUGGGAGUCUUGAAACACGGCAACGUCGCGUUCGACCCGCCAUUGCCCGAGUGGAAGACGGAAGCAGUCACCCGUAUAGGGUACGGAGUGCUCAACAAGCUUGUACUGGUUUAUGAUCAACCAUUCUGGGAUACGCAAAGGCACAUCUUUGGCGUUCUUCGAGACGCUCCGAACCGCCACAGCCUAAACCAAAGCGACUACGGCUCUUCACGAGGCCGCUUAUUCCAGUGGUUCAACGUCACGCAGACCACCGGCAUACCGUGCCUCGUGGCCCUGAUGGCCGGUGAUGCCGGGUUUGAUACGGAGCACAGCAGUAACGAGGACCUCAUCGCCGAGGCGACAGAGGUCCUACGCAGCGUCUUCGGCCCCGGUGUGCCGUACCCCGCCGAGUCCGUAGUCACCCGCUGGGCUUCGGACAGGUUCGCGAGAGGAAGCUACUCCUCGGCCGGGCCGGAGAUGCACCCGGACGACUACGACGCCAUGUCGCGCCCCAUCGGCAACCUCUUCUUCGCUGGAGAACACACAAUCGGCACCCACCCGGCUACCGUCCAUGGAGCCUACCUCUCAGGACUCCGCGCCGCGUCAGAGGUUCUCGAGUCGAUGCUCGGCCCGAUAGAGGUCCCGACACCCCUUGUCCGAAGGAAAGGAAACAACGUGUCCAACAAGCGUAAAGAAAUGGAGGGACCCAAGGACCCGGAACAAAUCCGCCUGGAAGCCUACGAGCUCUCCGCCUGGGAACACACCAAAGCCAAAAUCGGCGAGCGGCCCGCACGCCCGGCCAAGGUAGCCGCCAACGCCUACCUCCUCUACAGCCGGGCCUUCUUCGAGGUCGCGCGCACGCGGUGCGAGGAGGAGCGCGCGGCGGCGGCCAGCAGCGGCAACGGCAACAAGAAGAAGACGGCGCCGAACGAGGUGCGCGUCAUGACGUCCAAGAUGUGGCGGGCCGCCUCCGUGGAAGAGAAGAAGCCGUUCGAGGACGAGGCCGCCGCGCAGAAGACGGCGUACGCCGAGGCCGUAAAGCAGUACGAGGAGACGUCGGCGCGGUGGGAUAAAGAGUACGUCGAGACCAUGAGCGCGUAUCACCGGGAGCACCCGUACGUGCCGCUCCAGCAGAACGGAGGAGGAGGGAGCGGUAGCGGCGGUGGGAAUAGUUACAGUGCUGCUACGGCGCGGCAAAGGGAGAUUAAUGCGCAAAAGUACCGCAGGACGAAGCAUGUCAGCUACGCCGAAAGUGACGGUAGCGAGAUGGAGUUUUGA